AUGCCCAAGUUCUUCUGCGAUUACUGCGAUGUGUACCUCACGCACGACUCCAUGAGCGUGCGCAAGGCGCAUAACAGCGGUCGAAACCACCUGCGCAACGUUGUCGAUUACUACCAACAAAUCGGUCACGAAAAGGCUCAGUCCGUCAUCGACUCCAUCACCUCCUCCUACGCCGCAGAAGGCCAAGCGCACAACAACCCAAUGCUGCCACAAAACCAGCCCGGAUCCGCCUUCCCGCCGCCCUUCCCCUUCCCAGGAGGUGUCCCCCCUCCCUUCCCCGGCAUGCCCGCCGGCGCACCCCCCUUCCCUCAAGGCAUGAUUCCACCCCCAGGACAAGCAGGCCGCGGAAUGCCGCCCAUGCCCCCCUUCCCCCCGGGCCCCAACGGCUCACCAAUGCCCCCAGGAGGCCUACCGUUCCCCCCGCCCGGCGGUCUCCCAGCCGGUCUCCCCUUCCCGCCCCCGGGCGCGCCGGGCGGUCUGCCCCCCAACUUCCAGUUUCCCGGUAUGCCGGGCGGCGGCGCGUUCCCACCUGGACCUCCUGGUGCCUUUCCGCCCGGCGGUGGACCUCCAGGUCAGGACAGGCGGUAG